GACAGCCUCAACUCACUUCACAAGUCGCAGUGCACAUCCUCAACACAAGAACAAGCAAAUGGCCAGCGAACUAUCGCCACCGCGCUGGCCCGACGGCGCCAAGGCGGCCAUCAGCUUCACCAUGGACAACCUAGGCGAGGCGCAGGACGUGAACAAGGGGACGUGGCGGGGGCCGGUAGGGACGCACCCGUCGGUGCGCGAGCAGCUGCCGCGGAUGCUAGAGCUUCUUGGCCAGCACGGCGUGCGCGCGACGUACUUCGCCGAGGCGUGGAGCCUGGCGGUAUACCCAGACGCGGUCGCGGAGCUGCGGCGGCGCGGGCACGAGGUGGCGUGGCACGGGUACCAGCACGAGACGUGGAGCAGCCUGUCGGCUGCGGACGAGGCGGGCAGCUUCGAGCGCAGCUUCGCGGCCGCCGCGGCAGCGGGCAUAGACGCGUACGAGGGGUUCCGCCCGCCGGGCGGCACCGUCCCCGACGCGGGGCGCACGUACGCGCUGCUGGCGCGGCACGGCGUGCGGUACGCGUCGCCGCUGGCUGACGACGAUAAGGGCCGGUUUGGCGUGCUGGAAGGCCUCGACGGUGUCGUUGUGCUGCCGUUCGAGUGGCGUGCCGUAGACGCCUUUUACUACAUGGACAAGUUCGCGGGGAUCCGCAGGGCGCACGGCGCGCCUGAGACAGUGUUGCCGCCGGCUGAGUUCCGCGCCUUCUUGCUGGCCAAGAUCGAUGGUGUGGUGCGGGACAACAGCUUCAUGUCCAUCUUGUUCCACCCUUUUCUGCAGACGAGCGAGGAGAAGCUGGCGCUCAUGGACGAGGUGCUGGCGCGCAUUCGCGCCGAUCCGGAUAUCUGGUGCGCGCCGUGCAACAAGGUUGCUCGCUGGGUGGCGGAGCAUCCGGAACUCUUUUCCCCUGAGAAGUUAUGAUGAGACGAAAUUAUGAGUCGACGGAAUGCGCCUUGGUUGAGCUCGAUAUCAUGAUGAUCUAAAACCACAG